GUGGGGUGGUGCCCCUAGGUGUCCAGCCACAUACAGGUUCUAGCAAGGAAGAAGGUGCGGGAGUACCAGGUUGGCAUCAAGGCCAUGAACCUGGACCAGGUCUCCAAGGAUAAGGCCCUCCAGAGUAUGGCUUCCAUGUCCUCAGCACAGAUUGUCUCAGCCAGCGUCUUGCAGAAUAAACUCAGCCCACCUCCCCCAAUUCCCCAGGCAGUUUUCUCUGCUGCUGCUUCGAGGUUCUGGAGUGGACCCCCUCUCCCGGGACAGCAGCCGGGACCCUCUCAGGACAUCAAACCCUUCGCACAGCCAGCCUACCCUAUCCAGCCACCCUUGCCACCCACACUCACUAGUUAUGAGCCCUUGGCCCCACUCCCACCAGCCGCCUCAGCUGUGCCCGUGUGGCAGGACCGCACCAUCGCCUCCGCUCGACUUCGGCUCCUAGAGUAUUCAGCUUUCAUGGAAGUGCAACGAGAUCCAGACACGUACAGCAAGCAUUUGUUCGUACACAUUGGCCAGACCAACCCUGCCUUCUCAGACCCACCCCUGGAAGCCGUAGACAUUCGCCAGAUCUAUGACAAGUUUCCUGAGAAAAAGGGUGGGCUGAAGGAUCUCUAUGAGAAAGGGCCACCAAACGCCUUCUUCCUUGUCAAAUUCUGGGCUGACCUGAAUAGCACCAUCCAGGAUGGACCUGGGGCUUUUUAUGGAGUCAGCUCCCAGUACAGCUCAGCAGACAGCAUGACCAUCAGCGUCUCCACCAAGGUCUGCUCUUUUGGCAAGCAGGUGGUAGAGAAAGUAGAGACGGAGUAUGCGAGGCUAGAGAACGGACGAUUUGUGUACCGUAUCCAUCGCUCCCCCAUGUGUGAAUACAUGAUCAACUUUAUCCACAAGCUAAAACACCUACCUGAGAAAUACAUGAUGAACAGUGUCUUGGAGAACUUCACCAUCUUGCAGGUAGUGACAAGUCGAGACUCCCAGGAGACAUUGCUGGUCAUUGCCUUUGUCUUCGAAGUCUCUACCAGCGAGCACGGAGCCCAGCAUCAUGUCUAUAAGCUGGUCAAAGACUAGGGUCUCCUUCCCUGAUUCAACUACCACCUGCCAACCUAGGGCCAGAGCCCAGGACGAGUCUCCCCUCCUCCUCCCUACCUCCUGACCUGGGGGCCUUGGUCUAGGACAUGCCCCUUAACUUCUGCCUGCCUGCUGACCCAGGUCCCAGGCCCAGGAUGAGUCCCACCCCUAUAUACACUCCACUCCACUGUGGUCUAUGCUUUAAUUGUUGAAGAAGACAGACUAGCCUCAGGCAGUGGGGCAGCCAGCCCCAUCUCACACCAAAACUGUCAUCAUUUUUUCCCCCUCCUCCCCUCUUCACCAUUAUCCAGCUCAAGCAGGGCUGUGGCUGACCUGGAUUUGGGGCAAUGGGGUCCCUUUCUAAGAUGGACAGGGGACAAAGAAACUCUUGAGUCCUCUGAGAAACUGGCUUUGGUCCAGGGGAAUGGGCUGGGACAGACUCAGUUAAGGUGGAGGAAGGAUCAAAAAUGGAGCAGGCUAGUUUGGGUCACAAAAAGUGAGACACUCCCUCCCACCCCUACCCUGAUGGGUUUUGAGGAGUAUGAUGGGAAGACCAAAUAGCCUUGGAGGCCAUCAGCUAAAUCGGGGAAGGGGAGGGCUUGGGAGGUAGAUAGCCAAAGACUAAAUAAAGAGUGAAACUGGAAACGAGGAGAGUAUGUGAGAAGACAGGAGAAGAGACAGCGAGAGAAUGGAAUGAGGGAUGAUGAAGCAGGGAGGUAGGAGCGGAGAGCGGGGAUCCUCACCAGGGCAAGGCCAGGCGCAGCUUGUGGCUAUCAUGCCUCCCCUAGGCCAGUUCUAGCUGAAACCAGUAGGGGUGGAGGCGUAGCUAGGCUCUGACAUGGAGCCUGGAGUUGCUCCAUUGUGUGAUGCCCUGAGGGGUCUAGGAGAUGGGCGAGGGUCAGGCUGUAGAGUCUGGAGCUGGUUUGAUGUGGGCUUUCUAGAGCCACACCAAAGAACCAGGACCGACUCAUCCGCCUAAGCAAGUUUGUGGGCCUAAGGAAGCUGGAGGUGAGAACAGCCAAUCAGGUACUGAAUACUGGGUGUGUGGGCAGCCAGGGGUCCCUGAGACCAGAGCCUAAACCCCUGUAAUCUGGGUCCUGGAAGAGGGGAGGGCCAGUGGCCAUUCCAGAUGUCUGUAACAGUAACGGUGAUAGUUAUCUGUGCCACCCACAAGAAGGACCCAGAAGCCCUGAUUCUGAGUGUCUUCUCCCUUCCCUAAGGAGGCCAGGGAGGACCAGCUCUCGCGCGCCCCUCCUUUCACAACCACAACUCCCCCCCCCAUCCUGCCCCCAAACAUAUGCAGCCUCCUUCCCCCACAAAAUACCUCACAGAAACGCACCACACAUAAGUCUAUAGCCAGCGCAUAGCCUGCAGUACCCGUGCCUUUCUGAAGGUGCCCCCACAUCUGUCCUGUGGAGCCCCCCAGCAGCCUAGCUCUGUUCUUGCCACCAUCUGCCCAGCCCUGAGCCAUUUGGCAUUGAUUGCUAUCACACCACCCGCCUCCUCCCAGGAAUUGGACCUCAUUUUACCCAAUUCCCUCUCUGGUGCUGGCAGAGGGAACCAGCUCCCAAUACUACCCCCCUCUUACUCUGCCAAAACUUGAAGAUUAGAUCUGACGGUCCUUAAUUAAGUCUCUACUACAGACAACCAGAGUAAGGCCAUUCUGCUCUCACCAAGAGUGAGAGUCUGCACUUGCCUUUGGGGGGAGGAAGCCCUGCUCUUAGGGCAAAGCUUGUUUGGGAAGGGGGAGAGGGAAUGGGCUGAGGUCUGUGGCCUAGAAGCCAGGACUGGACAGGCAGCUGGAGAGUGGGGAGGAGGAACUCAAGGGCCCAGUCUCUUGAGGGAUCCACUUAGAACACCUCCUUCCAGGUCCUUAGCAUUCAGCUCCUCGAGUUUAAAAUUCUGCUUUGGUUGAGAUCUCUAAAAGACAAAAGUAGGGAGGUGGGUUGACCCCAUUUUCUCCCCCAGGGCUUUGGGUGGGGAGCAGGCCCUCUUCUAGGAAUGAAGGUUAACCCUCUCUCUCCUGGUGUGCCCAUAAGCCCCCAAGGGCCACCCCUACUGGCCUUCCCCCUGACACCAGCGUGGAGAAGGUAACAAAAGCCUUUGAUUAUUUAUGAGUUUCAUAUGAAGUACUGUUCCCCUUCCCUCCCCCCACAUGUCACCCCUUCCCAAGGUGUGCCCCUCCCCCUGAGCUUCCCCCAGGCCCUUCAUGAAUUACAAAUUGCUCAGGCCAUCCCACACCCUUUCCUCCCUCUCCCCCACACCCAGUUUUGUAAUGUAUAUUAUAUAUAUAUAUAUAUAU